AGUUGUUGGAACUACCAAGAUUAAGGAGAUCAAGGGGAUUAAUCAAGGGGAUCAAGAUAAAAAAUUAGUAUAAAACUUUACUACUUCUUUACCUCUUUCAGUUGUAUUCUGUUAUUGUUUUAGUAAAAGAAAAAUCAGAAUGAAGCUGUUGAUCAUUGCUGCUGCCCUCAUUGUGGCCGCAAAUGCCAAACUAUCUGCAUUCGAACACUGGAAGAGUUUUAAGGCAACACAUAAUAAAUCUUACAACGUUAUUGAGGAACAGCUUCGUUUCGGAGUUUUCCAAGAGAACCUUCGCAAAAUCGAAGAACAUAAUACCAAAUAUGAAAACGGAGAAGAAACCUACUAUCUCGCCGUUAAUCAAUUUGCCGAUUGGUCCAACGCUGAAUUUAAAGCUAUGUUAGACUCUCAAAUGGCUCAGAGGCCAAAACUAUUGGUUGCUGAAACAUUCGAAGCCGAUUCUAAUUUACAAGUUCCAACAGAGGUUGAUUGGAGGAAUAAAAAGGCUGAUUUGGGAGUUAGGAACCAGGGAAGCUGUGGAUCCUGCUGGGCUUUCAGUGCCGUCGGAGCCAUCGAAGGUCAACUUGCUAUUCACAAAAAGCAACACGUUCAACUAAGUGAACAAGAAUUGGUAGAUUGUGACACAGUAAACGAGGGAUGCAAUGGAGGUUUAAUGACAGAUGCCUUUAACUACGUUAAGCGCCAUGGUCUAGCACCAGAAAGUAAAUAUAAAUACACAGGUAAACGUGGCAGUUGCAAGAAGGUACACAAACAAGUCUCUUCCCUCAGUGGAUUCGUAAAUCUUGCUAGAACUGAAACUGCACUAGUUAAUGCUCUUGCUAAUGUCGGUCCAAUAUCUAUAGCUGUUGAUGCAGAUACAUGGCAGCAUUAUGGAGGUGGAGUUUUCAAUAACAAAAAUUGUGGAACCGCCCUCAAUCACGGUAUUCUUGCCGUAGGAUACACUAAAGAUGCCUUUAUCGUUAAGAACUCAUGGGGAACAAGUUGGGGUGAGAAUGGUUACAUCAGAGUCAUCCGCGGUAAGAACUUGUGCGGUAUUAACCAAAUGAACUCUUAUCCCAAAUUGUAAAUGAUAAUAAAUAGAUAAAAUAUGUAUAAUAUAAAUAAAUAUAUAAAUAUG